CAGGUGUCGAGCAGUCAAUCGACGUCUCCAGGUGGCCCUGGAGAUGAGGAACGGAGGUUAAUAAGCUGACGAAAGGUUGUUGUGGAUGGAAAUUCAGCCAAAGUUUACCAGAUUAUUUUCCUUUUACAAUUUUAGGACGUGUAUUUCACCACUGAUUGGAGAUGACUGGACGUUGCUUCGGCUGCGCAGCUAAAUUCACUCUGCUGAAAAAAGAGCUUGCAUGCAAGAACUGUGGCUAUGCGUAUUGUUCAUCUUGCCUCAGUUACAGUGCCUUUGUCCCCUGUGGUGGGCAUACACAGCAAAAGGUCUGCAGGCAAUGCCAUGGAGCACUUACAAGCAACAAAAAACAGGACAAUACUGCAAGAUGGUCUCCACCAGAGAACUACAAAAAGCGAGUAGCUGCUUUGGAAGCCAAACAACAAGGUCAAACUGCAGUCCAGAAAGCAGGGUGUCAGGCGCCCAGCAUUGGCAUGAAGUUUAAGCACUGGGAUCUUUCAAAAGAGGAUCAAGCCAUUGCUGAACGACUGGAGAAGCUGAAGGAAGAAACCAAACCAAAAUAUGUAGCCUCUCAGAAAGAGAUUGAGUGUCGGCUAGCUGCAUUGAAGAAGGAACCUCAGCGACCCAUACCCUCCACCAGGGAAAUGGAGGACAGGCUAGCCCUGUUAAAGGGCCAGACCCCACCAUCACAGAUCCCUAAACCUAAUCACCCAGCUCCUGAUAACAGGACAGAAACAGAACAAGUCAGUGACCUUCUCGAACAGAUGUCAGAAGAGGCAGCUAUAGAUGCGAAAUAUAGCUCUGGUGUUACAAAUAAUGAAAUGAAUGACCUGAAUAAAGGAAUCGAUCCACAGAAUUUCUACUGUCCCUCCAACAAAAACAUCAAUCUUGAGGAGGAGAAGAAUUAUCUUCUGGACCAAGCAACAGCUGAACUGAAACAGGACAACUUGCAUCAGGAACAUUUCUUAAAGAUUACUAGGAGACUUGCCGCACUCAAAGGAGAAGAUCCAAAUACGGUACCAGUGGAUGACUGGAAAUAUACUGGGGUGGAAAGUGAUGAAGAAAAUGAAGAAAUGUUGACCCAGCGAAUUUUGAAACAGGUAAAUGAAGAAAUUGCCCUAGAUCAAAGAAGUGGCUACAACAUUCCUGUAGAGCAACCUAAGACAGUGCAGCCAAUUCCUGUUGGGAGAAAGCAACGACAUGUUUCGCCCAGUCCAGCUAUGACUGAGACACCAGACAGUGAUGAUGAGCUGCCUUGGUGUUCCAUCUGCAAUAAUGAUGCUGUCCUCCGUUGCCAUGACUGUGAUGGGGACCUCUACUGUCACAGAUGCUUUAGGGAAGGACAUGACAAGUUUGAGCGGAAAGAACACAGAACAUCCAAGUACAGUCAACCAAUGAAGAAGAAAUAAUAAGGGAUCCACACACACAGCCUUUCACAAUCUGACACUAAGGAAAUUGGUCAUGACAUCAGCAAUUCCACAGAACUCUUAUCUAAUUAACAAGUGCUAUAGGAAAAGCUAUAUUGAUUCUCAUUCAUGCAAAGACUUUCUGUUAUUACAAGGCUGUUCAGUGUUGUAACAGCAGCUCCUAUGCAUUAUAAGGUGUGGUCACUACAUUAUCCACCGCAGGGAGCACCUGCUUUAAAAACUUUGCAUAUUAAGGGAUUAGAGAAGUUGCAUUUUCAAACACUACAAGUUAACUUUGAAUUUGUCUAACACAGAAAUAAAAAGUCUAUAAAAUGGGAUGUAAAUUAUUAUUUCCUCUAAUUUCAUAUUUAAUUGGAUGUUUAUUCUGAAUUAUUAUUUAUCUCACUUGUGUUAAGAUUUUUACUGCUAUGCUGUCGGUAUUUCAUUUCAGCAGUUCUGUAGGAGCAGUUUGUUCUGCUUUCAGACUGUUUUGGUUUGAGCUGAGAUAAGGAGCUCUGCUGUUCAUCUUCGGAAUGUGCUGUCAGCCAGUCAGGAUGGUGGAAUUGGGAGAAUGUUGUAGAGAACGCUGAGCAGAAGUUUUUGUGAGGGACACUGGUGUGGGUUGAGGUCUUUGUUGGCGGGAGUUGGGAGCAGACAAGAGGGAGGAUGGCUGAGGAAUCUGUUCAUGUUGCACAAGGUGCUUUGUGCAGACAAAUGCUUCAAACAGGAAGGACCAAUACUCCUGUGGGAGAGCCCGUUUGUUUGACAUGGAUUUCGAGUGACAUUCGGAAGAUGCAUUGUGUACAUUGAAAACAAUGGCUUCUGGAAGAUUUCAGCUCCACCAUGCAUUUAUGACUGUUUAAAUACAAUGGGCCCCUUUUGUGUUUUUUCAAAAUUUCCUUUAAUAGCUGGUUGCUUACGUUAACAUUCUUAAAUAUGCUUCUUUAUAAAUCUAUGCAGUGUAUGAUCUGUUAUUUCUUGCCGAUGGGCAAUUGCCAGGCCAGUAAAUUACACAACAUUCACACAAUCCGGGAUUUGGGUGAGUGAGACAUCUCAACCUCACGGAUUUGGCGGGACCAAAGUCGUAUAUACCCUUGACGUACGAAGUCCAAGGAAGGUGGGUUUCUCACCGCAGAGUCCAGUGGCUGUUAACGAGGGGCUAACGAGUCGCAUUUCCAGAGACACCCAGUAAAAAGGGAUUUCAAUUGUAUCAUCCAUUGAAACAGAUUAUAAUGUAUUUCCAAACAAACUGUAACAAUAUCCUGAUAUUGAUAAGUGAUUAGGGUGUUUUUUUCCUGAAGCUAUGAUCCUUUUUUUUAAAUCAUCACAGCAUCCUAGGGAUCUCUGUGUCCGUCAGUUCUCAGCUUCUGUCAGCAUCAAUGUCAUCACCAACUAUCAAGGUAAGCAAGAAGAUGCCUCUCCGAUUUCCUUGAUGCCUGGCUUGUGAGGAUGUGUUUGAGUCCCAGGCGAUGUCUCCUUCCCGCAGUUGUGGCAAAAAUCAGCAGUGUGAUCACCCCAGUCUUGAUCCUAUCACUUGGAUGAACUUCUGUCCUCUCAUUGAAUAUUUUGUGAAACUGGAGAUGUUCUUUGAAUGCUGAUUGUUCAGGUCCAAACCCAUGAUAUGUUUUGUCACUGCUCAUGGCAAACUUGUGAUACUGUUGAGUAAAGAAUGUUCCCAGUAAAACCACAUAUUAAAGAAAAACACCCCUAACUACUAUUUCAAGACAUUUCUAAAUUAAAUGUAGCUUCUCUAUUAAGUAUUAGAUGAUAAUGGAAUGUUGUUUCUGUCUUGGCAUCUGCUGUAUUCAAUUUAUUUCUUUUGCUAAACAUAAUUUAGUCUUGAAAUUUUGCUCCAUGUUUUCAUUAAUUAUUUUAAGAGUCAUGGUUGUCCCUGUCAAGAUCAAUAUUUAUUACCCACUGCUUAUUGUGAGAAGGUGGCGGUGAGUCAUCUGGAACUGCAACAGUCUUUCUGGUGAAGAUGCUUUCAUAGUGCUGAGGGGAUUCCAGGAUUUAGACCCUAGCAACAGCGGCAGAAGGGUCAUACACUUCCAUGUUAGGAUGGUGUGAGACUUGGAGGAGAAUGUGCAGAGAUAGUGUUCUCAUGCCUCUUGACUGUGGUGGGGAGUUUGUGAGGUUCUAAUAGAACUGCCAAAGCAGUACAUAUUGUAUAUGGUACAUCUUGUGCAGUGGUGGCAGGAUAUCUGAAAUGAGUUGUUGGCCUUGAUGCUUUCAAACUUGCUUAAUGUAGUUGGAACAGCACCAAUCCAGAUGGAUUGAGAGUAUCCCAUCACAACCUGCUUUGUGCCUUAUAGUUAUCGGAAAGGCUUUGACCUGCUCCUGUUUUCACAGAGUUUGUGAUUAGUCCUAGUAAGUUUCUAGUCAGUGAUGUUCCUGGGUUAUUUACACUGAGUCAGGGUAAUGGUAAUGCCAUUAAAACUGGAAGUUUAAGGGACGAGCCUCU